UUAAAUAUAAUACUAUUGAGUUUAUUUCCAUGGUCAAGACUAUUAUUUCUAUUGAUGAUCCUUUUUCUCGUUGCUGUAGUAGUGACGGUCGCUGCACGACCUCAACACGGUCAUCAGCAAAAACGCAACCAUGGUCACAUUUUCUUACCACAAAAAAUUUUACUGCACCGAAGUCACGACGUCAAUCUCAACAGCGCAUACCUCGAAAGCCACGGGGAUAACCACCGAGAAGACUUUUUUCACGGUGAACACCACUAUCCUGGACCUCAUAUGGAACAUUUUGAAGAACUCCUCAAUCCAAACUCAUCAUCAGAGAGUAUCAAGCGGCCCAACGAAAAAGAACCCGGGAAACACAGCGAGAACUAUAUACAACCCGAGUCUGACUAUGAGUUAGGAGACCCUUACAUCGUUGAAAAGAAAUCCCAACAAGAGCCUAGGGCCGUUGCAAAGGGCGUUUACAGUCUGGAUCAUCCUGAUGAUUCUGUCAAGAUCACAAAAUACUAUACUGAUAGGAAGAGCGGUUGUAUAUUCCAAAUCUUUCCUAGAUUGAUUCAGAACUAACAUGAUAAAUAUAUGACAGUUGUAAUCCACAUCAUUCCUGAAGGCUGCGACUGUUUACUGUGUGUUUGCUAUUU